AUGAUCCCCCGGGCCCUUGUGCGUGACUACGCCUAUCGGGAGGUGCUUGGCCGGCUGGCACUGCGGCAUUCACCCUCGCACGUGCGCCACUCGCCGAAAGUCGUGUCCGAUACCCGGUCCUUGGGCAUGCAGCUGCUGAUAAGCCGGCGACUCCGGGGCCGGGAGCCGUCACAUGCUGAUUCCGGGUCCCUGGCCCCUGCUGGCGCCGCCGCUGGUCGGCGCCGGCCCCUGCUUUGGUCCUACUGGCAAGUGGAGAAGUGCAACAUCUCCGCCAGCGAGGUGCUGGCCCGGCUCUGCGCACAUCUUGGCUCGCGCCCGGACUGGGACCCCUGCGCCAUGACCGCCCACUCGGCUCUCCCAUCGCGAGAGGACGUGGCCGCAUCCUCCCCGGCCGGGGGCCCCGCCCGGCAGUCGCUCGAUCAUCUGUCCCUGCUGGAAUCCGAUGAGCUCGCCCACCCCGGGCGGGUAUUGCGCUCGGUGUCCACCGGCUCAGGCUGCCAGGAGCUGUGCCCUACUGUCGGGUCCCGGCAGCCGGCCCCGCCGGCCCUGCAAGUCCGCUGCCCGAUGCUGUAUGCCGAUGUCACCGAAAGCUGGGGCUGCUUCCAUGUGUCCAUCCUCCAUCCCUCCUUCGAGCAUGCCCUCGCCUGCCCGGAGUCCUUUGUCUUCGGGGAUCUGAACACCCUGCCGACCUUGCGCGCAGGCCUCGGCCGGGUGUCCAAUCCCCGGUCCGGGGCCGAGCUCGAGGCCAUCCUCGAGGGCAAACACCACGGCCCCAAGGCCCCGCGCCAAAGCGAACCCUGGAUGGAGGAGCAGGUGGAGCCGCUUUUUCAUGCUCGACACCAGGAGACCGCGGUGGCCUUCGCGGCCCGGAGGCUGGGCUUCAGUGACCGUGGGCUUACGGCAAACCAAAUCCGGCAUGUGUCCUACCGGGUGACGGCGCGGGGCAUUCGCGCGCCGGGGCUCAUGGAGUUCGACAAGAAUGCCGGGCUCCGGUCGGACGCCCUGCUACAGACGGUGGCCAAGAACAUCCGCGACCUGUCGACUGCCUUUGCCCCUCCGGAUGAGGGCCAUGUUGCGGCCUUGUGCUCCGAAGCCGGCCCACGGCCCGUGGACCGGUCCUUUCACAUGCGCCAUCAGGCCCCGGCUCCGGCCGAGUGGACCACCACCUCUUGGCAGCUGGCCCAUGGGCCCCUGGUCCCGGGGCCCUUUUCCCCGGACUUCUCCCAGGCCCUCACGACCGAAUCGCUGCUCGAGGGCCGGUAUGACCCGGUGAUGGAGCAGCGCAAUCGCGACCGGCUCCACCCCUCCCGGUGGAUUCCCCCCGAGCGGGCGGUGCUUGUGCCGAACCUCUUUUCCGCGGCUUUAAUCCAGCCACCGGGAGGCCCGGCCCCGGCCGGCGGCCGAGCCGGUCAGGUGGCCCCGCUUCCCACCCCCCCGGCCCCGAGCCCGAAUCCGACAGCCACCUCACAUCCACACGCCAAGCCACCUCCAAAUAAGCAUGCGCGCCAGCGGGCGCACUCGCCUGGCAGUGCCUCCGCCGCUUCCUCCACUCCCGGGGGAGCUUCCUCCCCGGGGAAGGGCGGCGCAGUGGGGGAUUUUUGGCGCCAGCAUCGGGCUGCCUGGCUGCCAUCCUCGGCAUGUGGAGCCCCGACUCCGGUUGCCCGGCGGCUGAACAUGCUCCCCCAUGGGGCCCGGCUGUCCUCCGAGGCGGGAAGCUCCAUCCAAGCGGCGGCCCUGGUCCGGGGGGAUUACUUCCAUGCGGUGCGCGAUGCCAUGCUCGGCGACACGGCCUACCACCAGACCAUCAGCCCGCCGAUGGCGGACAUCUUCCGGGCUGGGAUCCUCUCUCGGCGCUUGGCGGCCCUCGGCCCGGCACCCUACUCCUCCUUCUCGCUGGUGGAUCACAUUCCCCCCUCUCCCGGGGACUCGUCACUUCGGGAUCUGCUGGGCGAGUGCAUCGCCCGGCAUUGGGGCAAUUGGCGGCGCGUGGCGUCGGAGUCUGUGCGCGUUGAGGGGGGGCUUUUUCGCGAGCUGCGCCCCUUUGCCCCCGGCGGGCCUGGGGAUUUCGACGACGUUGCGGCUGCCAUGGCCGAGCCCAGUGCCGGGCCUCAUCGUGGCCCCCGCGCUCGUCGGCCGGCCACCCGAAUCGGAAGCAUGGCCUCCGGCAACUUCCAGCCCAUGGUUCCGGAGGCGGUUCUCAUGCCUCGGUCUUUGGAUGCGAACAAGCGGCAAAUCCUGAGCAAUCUGCACAUGCUGUCGGCCGAGCUGAGCCUCCCGUCGAAUGUGCCCACACAGGAGCUCCAGCAGAGGGUCUUCCGCCAGGCGUAUGAUGCCAUUCCCGGGCGCCUUCGGCGACAGCAUCUCCAGGCUCUCGGGGCCGCGGUGUGGAAUACCGCCGCGCAGCGUCUCGUCCGUCGACUGUUUCUGGAUGGCACGCCAUUGGCUGCCCCGGGUCCUUGGACCCCUGGCCCGGGGAGGAACUUCACCCCGGCCGUGGACCUGCCGGCGCUGGCGGAGCUUCUACGCCCGGAAGACCGGCCUCCGAUCAGUCGGUCCCCGCCUCCGGCCCCGGAUGGCGAGGCGCCAGUGGAUGCCUGGUGCUGGGGGCUGCUGGAAUUCGGGCACGCCGGGCCGCAUGCCAUUCGCUCGUACCGGGGGUUGGUCUUGACGCCGACAAUCGAGCGUGUGGCCAGCCUCCUGCCGCCGCUGGUUCCCUGGGCCGAUGGCCCGCCGCCUGCCGACUGCCUGCCCUUGCCGGCCCCCACGGCGCCCUUCUACCUGCCCGGGCCUCCGGGCGUGGGGGAGGAGCUUCGGCCGUCGUCGGCGCUGGCCGCCGCCGCGCGGCUGGAGUUCAUCGAGAGAUGCAAACAUGCGGUGGCCUUCCUGCUGUCGUUGCGUGCUCCAACCCCGGGGUCCGGCAUCGGCCAGGCCCUGGCGGCCUUGGCUGCGGACUCGCCAGCCCACCUGCCGGAUCAGCUGCCAGACCACCCGGAUGACGGUGCCGGUGCCGGUGCCGGUGCCGGUGCCGGCGCCGGCGCCUGGGAUGCGGCCAUCCAUGCGGACUUGGUGGACGAGCUUCGUAUCGCCGGGCUCAACCACAUCGACCAAUUGGAUGCCACGAUGCAGCAGCACCUGCUGUCAGAUCCCACCUUUGAUCCGCUGGUGUCGAUACCGCGGCCGCUUUUUGUUGAGGCUCGAAAUCUACGUGUGGCCGCCGCGCCGGCCAUCGUCGAUGGGUCGCUGAGCAACGCGGCUGGCAGCCGCCUGGCCACGCCGCUCUUUGCCGAGGACAGCGCCAUCAGCCCUUUCGACUUUGAUGUGACCUUCAGCUUUGAUGUUCCAGCCGAGGCUGAUCCCCUUGCCGUGGUGCAUCCCCUGCUGGCCGGCCUGCUGGCCGAAAGCUUCCCGCCGUUCAUCAACCACCGGCGCACGGCGGGGCGCCAGCGUGCGCGCCCAAUCGUGGAAGCCCCCCCGGCCGAGCCCUUGCCAUCCGCCGACUCGCCGGAUGCCUGCCAGGGGAGCAGCAGCUCCGAUGAGCCAUCACCCUCGGCCGGUCAGUUCAGCACUCGACGUCGACACUCUCGGGCCGUCCGUUAGUCAGCCUCCCGCUCCUCGCGUCCCGCCC